AUGUCCGCUGCGGAGAGGUUGCACGAGGCGGAAGCGCGCCUGGCGGACUUGUCGCAGCGCGAGGAGCGCCUGCAUGCUCAAAUUCUGAGCACGGCGUCUCCCAACCCGGACGUCCUGGUAUUAACCGCUCGCCCUGCGCAGCGCCAAUCCACCGUUCCCCAACCCUAUCGCCUCGGGGUGGUAAAAGGAUUUGGAGGUUACACGCAUCUGCCUAAACCAGUUUGCGCACACGCGCUUGGCAGGCCUCUGCGGUUUGACAAGAGCGGCGGUGCGCUCCAUUUCUGCUGCACUGGCCUUUGCAACCUCUUCUUGAGGACGCUGCUGUGGGUGCUAAGAAUACAGAGAGGCGUCACAGAGCCAUGGGGCCACGAUCCGCAGGAAGUCGCGUCGAACUUGACGACGGUCAUGGACGCGAGGCAGCACGUGAGCAGCCUCCAGGAGUUCCAGGAGCCCAUGAGGGAGCUUGAACGAGCGGCAAAGGCAGUGGUCAGAAGUGUGAAUGGGGACUUGGAGGUCUACUGGCAGGCUGUGGGUUGUGCAUGCGAUUCCUACCGAACUGUGGCACCCCUGUGUUCAAUGGUCCAAUCGACACCCACAGAAUUGGAACACACAGCCCUCCAUGACCUGUCCGGGCAGCUGCUGUCAAGGGCAAUGGCUUCCAUGUCAUCUGCCGAGAGGGCCUGCAGAGAGCACUUGGAGCAACAACUGACAGAUUGUGGGUGGCCACCGCCACUUGCAUCACUGAGUGGUGCCCCUUCUUGGGGGACCUUUUGGGAGCAACUAAGGGAAAAGUCGGUGGACAAGCUCAAUGGCCUGUUAUUAUCCUUUGCCGCACUGACGAUGGUGCAGAUGGUUAUGGAGGAGAGGAGCGGUGAGCCUGUUGGCGAAUGCCUGUGGUUCAUGGAUGUGAUGACCGCCAGACUGGAAGAACGCCUCCAAACUCAUUUUGCGUCUGAUAGGCAGACCAGUGACAUCGACAGGCCAGACUGGCUGUUUGCCACAGCCCUCAAGCUACUCAAGGAGCACGCUGAUGGCAUGACAUUUUUUGAGGGCCGUUUGCAGCCGCAGCCUGUUGAUUACGCCCUGGCAUUUCAACGCAGGAUCCAGGCAGCCGUCAAGGGCAUCUUGCGGUCCUUUCACCUUCCAAGUUUGCUGCUUUUGGGCUCAGGCAGUUUAUGGCGAGACUGGGCGGCUGCUGCGGAACGGUUUGAUAGAGGUGUGGCAGAGGCCAUAGCACCUGCUGGAGAAGUCCGAUGUGCAUUAAGCAGCGAUGUCCUGCAAGGCUCCCUCAAUGUCUUUUGCGAGCAGCAGGAGUGGAUGGCAGCAUGGUCCCAGGCUGAGGCACAGGCACUUGCAUCAGAGAUCGAACAGCUGAUGGCCGCCCCUGACGCUUGGCAGGCCCCCCAACACGUAAACUGGGAAACUGAAGGUCCUCAGGGUGCAGCUGCAGCAAGUGGGCAUGCCUGCAGCCAUGAACUAUGGCCACCACGCUGUGCCGAGGGGGCUUGGAGCCUUGUGGAAGCUGCUAUUCAACGUGCAGAAGGGCUUGCAGUGGAGCACAGGGUACAGUACUUGAGAAAUGUUGCAGGCAGGGGACUGCAGGAGGUGAUUCGGAAGUUGUCUGCUGUCAUGAGGCAGGCAGAAUCGCACAAGCAGUUGCUUGCGCCAAAUUGGACGCCAAAGGUAUGCGGUUGUGCCUGUGCCGCUCAUUAUGUUGAGCACAACCUCCGGGAGCUGCAGUUCGAUUCGUCUCUACUGGAGGUGGGGGGCGCUGCGGCGUUGUUUAAGACGGAUAUGACCUCCCUUGUGGGAUUCAGGCGAGAGCGGUGCAUGAAGCUCGCCAAGUCCAUUGCGAUGGAGUUUGGGCACACAUCUUCCAACUACAGGAAGCAGCUCCAAAUCUUUGCUGGUACUGGCAUGCUGCUUACCAGUGGGGUGACGCCAACGCUUGCUGAAGCAGUGCUGCAGCUGCACGAGAGAUUUGUCAUGCUCUCCAAUCUUCUGGACGUUGUCUGUUUCCGGGAGGUUUGGAGGGCAGUGGCAAUGGCAGCAACGAGGGUGAUGUUUAAUGACGUGGCAACAGAGGCCCACUUUUCGCAGCAAGGGGCUUUGUUGUUCAAAUCGGAUUGCGAGGCACUAAUGGAGGUGUUUCGGCCAUUCUGCCCCAGGCCUUACACCCACAUGAAGGAGCUCCACGAGGCGUGCAUUUUGCUGAACCUGCCAACGGACACUGCUAGAAAGGUGUACGAGGGCUCGAAGGCUCCCUCCCCGCGUGGUGGCAUAUCCGCGCUGCUGAAGAGCCUCGGCAUCGUCAGACUGAAGCCGGAACAGGCAAUCUGCGUGCUCUUGCAGCGAAUCUGA